CCGGGAGCAACAGUCUGCCGUAGCCCGGCCACGCGGCCUCACACACGCCACAACAAGUGUCGCGCCCCGGUUCGCACCGUGCUGCCCGCGUUUGGGCUUUCCGGAAAUCAAGAUCCGACAUUAAUCUAAGGGUCUCCUGCGGACUGUUCUGUGAGCGUUUGCAGCUAGUUUUGUGAUAAAUUACCUUCAAAAUGUCUUGUUUCGGCGGUAGCGUAUUGAUACCUGACUGACUGUAGCCGAGUGCGUGUGUGCAAUAGUGACCAGUGCAGUGUAGUGAUGUGAGUACGUACGUGUGUACGUGAGAGCAGCGACUACUGAGCCACCAUGCUGCCCACUAACGUUAUGUCCUUUAUGAAGAAGAUGGUGGCGACGGAGGAUAGCCCCAAUACGGUGCCGGGCCAGAUUGAGGCUCCAGGCACCUUCGGCAAGCUGCGGCAGACACUCUCCUCCUCACUACUCAACGCUCAAGAUAAAGUAACAAAACUGGGCCCACGGCCGGGCGCGACAGAGGGCGCCGCCGAGCCUGCGCCGGCGCCGCCGCCUGCACAGCCGCCACCCGCCGCCACACAGCCCGCCAAGACUGAACGGGAGGCAGGCAAGGCGCCGUCGAGGGCGGGCGCGUGUCGCGUGUGUCUCAAGGCUCUGAAGCCGGGCGAAGUCUUCCACACGUGCAACGGCUGCCAACACCGUGUCUGCGAAGACUGCUCCUCGUACUCCAAGCCAGCCAGUGAUGAAGAAGCAAAUUCAUGGCGGUGUUCGGUGUGUCGUCGGAAAGCGGCGCCGCGACUGCCACCUGCCGCGCAAGACAGCACGGACUCGCUGCUGGAGGUGCCGAUGCUGGACGCCCUCCAGCGUCGGCACUCCGAGGCCAGGCUCGGCAGCGGCGGCGCAAGCGCAGGCCUCGCCCCGCCUCGAUCCCCAGAACUACGCCGGCAUUCGGAUGUCUCGCCCGCCUCCUUGAAGGAGCUGGAGAAGUUAAAGGGCGGCGGCAGCGCGACGCCGGACGUGGAGUCGCGGCGGCCGAGCGCGGCGGCCCCGCUGCGGCGCCGCUCAGUGCGCGCGCCCGCCGCGCGCCAGCGCUCCUGCGAUGAGGACCAGCCAUCUGCCGCGCUGCAACCGGCCCUCGCUGCCCCUCCGCCUAUGUCUAGAAGGGCGUCAGCGGUGGACGUGGUGGGGGGCGCGGGGUCGCGGCGAGGCUCGUACCGCGCGGACGACGCCGACGCGCCGCAGCUCUCCGGGCUCGUCGUUGAUGAGGACCGGCCCCUGCGCCGGCGAGGAAGCCAGCUGCCGGACAUAGCGGCUCUGCAGCAACGCACGGCCGCGCUGGGAAGUAUGGCCGCUCUCGGGUCACGCGGUUCGGACGCGGCGGCCGACCCUCCGGCAGUCUCAGUCACAGCGGCCGCCGCCGCCGCGCGCCAGAUGUCGGUCGACGCUGAAGCCAUCAAGAUCGUCAUACAUGAUGUAGAUGACCACACGCCAAGGCGCGUCUCCUUGCGACGUGACCCUACUGAUAAAGGACAUAGGUCCCGCGGUUUUGGCAUGCGCGUGGUGGGCGGCAAGCCGGACGCGAGCGGGCGACGCGAGGCGGUCAUCGUGUGGACCGUGCCCGGAGGGCCAGCCGACUUGGCCGGCCUACAGCAGGGAGACAAGGUCCUAGAAUGGGGCGGGGUGCCGCUGACGGAACGCAGUUUCGAGGAGGUCUGCGCAGUGCUGGAGCGCGGCGGGGACAGCGUGGAGCUGCUGGUGGAGCCCGCGCCACAGCUGGACGACCAGCCCGCGCCUGCCGCCCAGCCCUCGCAUCACCACCACACGCUCUACGAACCGGAUACCGACAAAUCACCAUCGUCGCCGACUCGACGGAAAUUGCCGAAAACCCCGGAACAAGAGCGCGCCGAGCGUGCUCGCGAGCGUCCGUCGGCGCGCGCGCAGCUGCAGGUGUGGUUCGAGAGCGAACUGCGAAAGCUGGUAGUAGUGCUGAUUGCUGCAGACGACCUGCCGCCGCGAGACCACACGCUCGGCUACGGCGACGAGCCUGAAGCCUUCGCUAGGAUUCGACUUCUGCCUUCACUUGAGAGCUGCCCGCCAGUGGAAACAGACCCGGCAUCAGCGUCUUGCAGUCCGGUGUGGAAUGCCACUCUCGGCUUCGGGGGACUCACCGCUGACCUUUUGGCGGGCCGCGCUUUGGAGCUGACGCUCUGGGAUGCCUGCCCGGGCAUCGAACCUGUGCUCAUUGGAGAGUGCACGAUGGAAGUAGAAAAGGCCUUUGCUGAGGAGCGAGCAGUGUGGUGGACCCUGGAGGAGCGCGGGUGUCGGUCGGCCAACGCGUCCCCGCGCGGCUCUCUGACGGGUGCGCGUUCGCUGCGGCGCGGGGACUUCGCCUCCCAACGCUCGGCCUCAGAUGAUGUGGACUCGAUAGGCGAGUGCGCAUCGCUGCUGCACCCGGACCACGCGUGGGUGGCGGGCUCGCGGCGCGGCUCCUCGCAGUCCGAGACCCUGGAGGUGGAGGUCUACCAGCUCGGCAAGGACUUCUCCCGGUCCUUACCUGGCUCCCGGCGCUCCUCCUUCCAACAACAGGAAAAGGAGGGCGGUGCGGGCGGCGGCGAGGGCAGCGCGGCGGGCGGCGCGCGGCGCUCGGAGCGGCGCCGCUCGUCGUGCGUGCGCCGCGACCCCGACGACAUCCUGCGCAGUCUGCGCGCCGUCAAGGGCGAGCUCGGCCGCACGCUCUCGCUCUCCGGCUCCACUGCUAGGCGCACGGCGACGGGCCGCAAGGGGAGCAUGUGGGCGGCGGUGCCGGCGGCGGCGGCGUGCGACGCGGUCGGCGGCGACGACGACGACGUGCCGCUGGGUCCCGGCCAGCUGCCGCCGCGCAACGCCAGUCUGCCGCCGCUACACGCAGAAAUCAACAUCAGCAUCAUUAUGAUCAAGGGACAGCUAGAACUGGAGGUGUCUCAUGCGCGCCGUGUUUAUGGCGUGAACGGCGAGGUGCCAGAUUCAUACGUGAAGUGCUACUUGCGGGACGGGGACAAAUGGCUGCAUAAGCGGAAGACGAGGGUCGUGCGGCGAACCACCGAGCCAAAGUUCAAGCAGACGCUCAAGUAUCAGGCCAGCGAAGCCCUCGGCCGCACUCUGGUAGUGAUGCUAUGGCAGCGCUGUGGCGGCUUCGAACAUAACUUGGCUCUGGGAGGCGCAGAGAUCUGUCUGGACAAGCUGACCCUCCCGCAGCGCACGUACGGCUGGUACCCGCUGUUCCCCGCCACCUCGCUGGGCGCUGAUGAGUCGCCCGACUGAUCCAGGGAGCCGUCGCCGGAGCGCCGUGACGACCACUAGCGCCCCCACGACGGCUUCGUUUGUCCUGAGUAGUAAUGUUCUUUUGUUCCAAACCCAAUGCGCCGGUACGCCCAAAUGCUACUCUUUUGCUAUUUCUAUUGCGUGUAAAUAUGUGUGGUCUUAUAUUGGCUUUGUCUUCAAUGCAUGACAUGCGGCAUGUAUAUAAAAUAUAAAACGCGUCGCGCAGCUUUGACUAAUUCUAUAGGGCAGGCCCCACGAAUUGAUGAUGCAACACCACUUAGACAUUAGUUUAAAUAAAGAGGAGCUUAUAGAAGGUCGCUUGGAAUAUUUGAUUCGGUACUUAUUUUAGACCCAGACAUCUUAAUAGCACAUUUAAUGUACCACAGAUUAAAAUGCAUAUGUAACUAUCCAUACUAGAUUUUGAAUACAAUCUCUAUAAAUCAAUAUAUCUUUGAAAUUUUGACGGCUCCCUAUGUGCAGUUUUUGAUGUUUGUGCCUAAUAUAGCAACAUAUUUGUAGUAUUUUAUAUGUUAUAUGUAUGUAAUAUAAAUUCUAUUUAAAGAAUGUAUAGGUUAAGUACGGACAUUUAAUCCUCUUGCAUAUAAAUUACAUCUAAAAUGUUACAAUCUACUUGUAGAGAUUUCAAUGCAUAGAUAACUUUAUAGUUAUUAGGUCACGUAACGCUUCCGGUUCUAAAUUCUAUUCUUCAUCUUUUGGCUAAUGUUGCCACUGUAAAAUUUAAUCCAGGAUAGCUUUUUAUAUAAUAGUCAAAUUUUAUCGAAAAUUCUACUACCAAUAAAAAAAAUUGAGAAAAACCACAUUUUUAUACAUUUUAUCAGUCAUUAGCGCUGCUAAAACUUGGCUGCUGUUAUAAAAGUCAUGGUAGGUUGUUCAUUCUCUAGCUUUAGCUCAAACAGCAAACUCGACGCAAAUAUCUUACAUUGCACAAAAUUUAGCUAAUCUACCUUUUAAAUAUAGAACGUAGAAAAUGUACACCUAAUUACUUACUAUUACCGAUCUAUAGAUAAAUUAAAUUAAAUCUCAUCUCAAAUAACCCCAACUUUAACACUUGCCUUAUAUAUGAUUAAUAAAUCUCUAAAAUUAUUCUAGUGAGUAAGCGCGUCUAGGUACUAUUCUUCCAAGGUUGUGCUUUAGUGAAAUUUCCCUAUUGUAUACCUUUUACUUUCUUUAGAUACAUCACUAAUCUACAAUAUAGUUAAGAUUAUGUAUUGUAUGUUUUCUUCACCACCAACUAAUGUAUGAAUUUAGGUAAUGUUAUUUUAUUUUUCAAAAUUUUCUACGCACAACUUUCUUCGUGAUAGCAUUAAAUAAAUCUUUAAUAUGUAUACAGAUUUCUCAUAUAGAUGAGUUCCAGUUAACGUAGAUCUAAAUUGUCGCUCAAAUCAUAGCGAAAUAUUAAUUACUGUGACUUUGCAAGGUAGUGAUUACUGAUCGAGUAGCUAAUUACAUAGCUCUCACAAAACCGGCCUACAUCAUAAGUAGGAGUUAUAUUAUACAAAUACAUUAUGAAAAUAUUAGUAUUCUGAUUGUCGAUGUUAGAUAAAUCUUACAUAUCUUUACACUUUGUAAUAUAUCUCGUCGAAAUCUGUGUUCUUCCAUCGCUGUCACAGCUUAGCGACACCUGACAAUACUGACAGGCGUGUUAGCGCGAGUGUCUAUGCGCCCGCGCAUCAUAUCCGUAGCACGCUUGAUAGCCUGUUACCACUUUCACAUGGUUGUAUAUUUCCUAAGAGAGAGAAUAUCUUUAAAAUUCACUUUUUCGAUGACCUGAUAUAAAUGAUUAUUAAUAUGCCUGAAUAGAAUUAUCUGGUAUUUGGUGUAUUUUUACACAAUAAUUUUAUAUUUCAUUAAAUUGAUGAAAAAAUAUAAGUACAUAAAAGUAUUCAAUAAUUAUAUCAAAAUCUAGAUAUUUAUUAAAAAUAUAUUAUAUAUUAAUAUGGAGAUCGGAUCUGAUAAAAGUUGAUCCGAUCGAACUAACUUACGCUUAUUAACUCGAUAUUUAGCAUAACAAAAUAUUCUUACGUAAGUAACAAAUGUAAAAAAUAUAUUAUCUAAUAUUGUUAUGUGCCUCGACGACCCCCGAUACCACUUGAAAUUUUAUGCAAAACCCAAAAUCACUAUUCAGAACUAUGAGGGUGCGAUAUUGUACUGAUCCACUUUAAUUAAUAAGAUUUAAAAAUACGGAAUUCAUAUAUCAAGAAUAACUAAUAAAGAAAUAGAAACUAAACUAAAACGUCACAUAACAAUCAUAAUUAUUAUCGUAGCCAUUGCUACAAGCACUACAAAGCUUUACAAAAUAUCGUAGACAUUGCUACAAGCGCUACAAAGCUUUACAAAAUAUCGUAGACAUUGCAACAAGCGCUACAAAGCUUUACAAAAUAUCGUAGACAUUGCUACAAAGCACUACACAAUAUCACAACCACUGCUACAUGCGUAUGUUACGAUAACAGUACUACAUAUAUUAGAUCUACAAAAUUUUCAGUGGGUCAUACAAUAUCGCAAACCUAUUGAAAGAAAUAUGAGGACGAACAAAAUUAAAAACAUUCACUGUAUGUACGUUACUGUUAGUGAAAUAUUUACAACAUUUAGUCUUAUUCAAUUUUACAACACUCGCUGAAAUCUAUUCAACUGAUUUUGUUAGUCCUAUUUUACAAUCGUAAUGAUAAUAUAUAAACCCAGUUCUGUUGAAGCGUCACCCAUGUCUAUAAUACACAUAUCUGUUUUUAUGCGAUGAACAAAGAGCAUGCGGUCCAUUUACCCUUAGGGUUUCACUCUGUAGCGUGUAUGACAAUCAAUGUGAUAUGGUAUCGGAUAUCAUGUACCUCUUUCUUAGUGUAACUUGACAUUGUUUCUUCCUAGUUAUGACGUGGAUAUUUCCCAAUUUUGAUUUCUUGAUAAAUAUCUCAGUUGUCCUCUUCAUUUUGUUAUUUUAUUAUUUAAUUCAAAUUUUGUUUAAUUAAAGUUAUUUUCUCACAUGAUUCUUUGGAUAGGCAAAUUUGUCUCCUAUAUGUAGUUUAGUUAUUAUAACUUAGUUUAUAUAUGAGACUAUUAUUAUUAGAUAAUUAAUAACAUUCGUGAAUAUUUUCUUUCAAUGGUAUAUUUAUUAAGAAAUCGAAACAAAGUUCUACAAAUCCUAGUACGUAAACAUAUGUGUGUCAAAUAUAUUAUUAAAUAAAUGUGAUAACAAAUGAGUUUAUUAUAGC